AUGAAUCAAGACUAUGAGAUCUCCUUGGAUCAAAUCAAUGCCAUUGUGGGGGCCCCAACGGAAAACACAUUUGGCCCCACUGAUCCAAUCCAAGGAUACUAUGACAUGACUUGGUGGACCCAGCUCACCCAAUUACAUCCAUAUGUCUCUAGCGCUGCUAAAGCCUCAUCACUUAUCCAUCCUGUGAUUAAGGUAGCUCACAGAAUCAUUGCUUCGCUCGUCGCCCCUAGAGAGGAGCGAAGCACCAUUAGCGCGCUGGAACUUAAAAUCCUUUAUGCAAUGACCCAUCCCGAGAAUAACCUCAUUCCUCAUUAUGGUCGGUUUCUGUGCCACAAGCUCAUCCGCCUUAGCGCAUCCCGAUCAGGAAAGAUUGUUUGCGGGGGUAUUGUCAGCAUGCUCGCCAAGAGCGCCCACAUCCGAGCCCCAUACCUCGGUCCCCACCAGCCACUGCCGGGUGAGCCUUAUCUCACCACUGCUAUCCUUGAGUCAAUGCGACUCUUCCGCUCGGCAGGCGAUGGUACACACCACUGGACCGUGGGUCAAAAUCAUGAUCCCAAGCUCCUCAUCACACCAGAAAAUAAAGGCAUUCUUGAUUUCCGAAAUCCCAUUCAUAUGACUGAUUGGCAAAUCAUUCCAUACAUCUUCCCCCACUCUUAUUCCACCGAGGUCGAUGAGCAAAGCGAAGAAAACGAGGAAGAGGGUGAUGAUGAUGAAGGAGAGGAGGAGCCUCACCAUGCUUCUCCCACCGGUGGUGGCAGCUCAUCCCGUUUUGCUGCACUCCCGCCUUAUCAUCAACAAUAUAUGGACGAAUUCCAAUCAAUCCAUACCCGCCUCGACACCUAUCAGCAGGAUAUUACCAGCCUGACCCAUAAUUUUUCCACCUUCACCACCCAGUACGCUCGGGAUCAAGAGCGUCAACGCAAACAUGAGGAGGACUUCUGGGCUUGGACCCGAAACCCCAGCUACUAUCCUCCCCCUCCACCUCCGUUUUAG